GGAAGCAUGACGUCACAAUCACUUCAACCUCGUCACAGAUCAGCGACGGCAGUGUACACUAUGUUCCCGAUGUAAGUCUCCAUCAGUAGAUGUAGAACUGAAUGUAUGGGUGUAAGGAAGCUGGGUUACCUGCCCCCGUCCACAGCUGAGGUAAGCGAUGCUUACCAGGACUGUGGUCUGACAGGGGUAACCGGCACACCCCACUAUAACGCCAACACACGCCGGGUACAGUUUGCUAACCAGGCCGAGGACAGGAAUCCGCUGGAACAAGAGUUUCUCGAAAGGGUAAAAGAAAAUGUCCCGAAUCAUUUUGACGAUGUUGAUUUCCCUGAGAGUGAGGCUCCAGUCAAGUCAGCAUAUACAUACUCCAACUCAGUCUGCAAACAUCCCCAGAAGGUCUCACAGGUGAAAGUGCAGGACUUCCUGUCGGCCUGUGAGGUGGAGGUAGACCGACAGAAGAAGCGGCGCUGUCAGAAACCUGACUUCCUCCGCGUCGAGCCCCCCGAGUGUGAACCUGGGGACGACUGUGUCCCCUGCCAGGUGCAGCAGCUCAAGAGGGACCUUCGUCGACGACACUCCACGGGACGCUGGCCCGACUGUAAACUCUGUUACAGAUACCGCAUUCACCGUGCCGACAUGAAGGAAUCGGCGGACACUCAGUCCAAGGUGAUCCCUGUGUGUAAACAGGCGGUCCUCAAGGACAAGCUGGGAGUGAAGACACCACCCCCUCCUCCAGCGUCCGUCAUGGCCAUACUAGCCUCCCCCGGGGCCACGCCCUCUCCGAUUUCUCACGGGACGCCGGACUCCGAGUACGACACGGAGAAGAGGGAUCAGCUGAUCAAGAAGUUCAUCCCCAAGCCCAAGGUCAUCCACUACGAGUGCCAGCCGAGGGAUCGAGUGUUCUUCUACACAGAGGAGACAGCCUCCCAGGGAAUCGUGCAUCAGCCGUACCUCUUCCAGAAGCGUCAGGUUGUCCUCACCAACGGGAAGAAGAAGUCGAAAAAGGCGACUAACCCUACGUACACCGUCUCCCAACUCGGCCUCGUCUUCACCCUCCCCGACCACAACCCUGCCCUCCCAGAGCGGCACCCUAGUCCACCCAUGAGGAACUGGAACAAGAAUACCGUCCUUCCGCCGAUCAGUGUCCACAAGGUCCAACGAGACGACAUGAACAUCAACCACCCGGAUGUAGACACGGCUGGGUGAAACAGCCACGUGCUCUGGUUGACCUUUUGUCCUUGAAACUGAGUUUCUUACACAUGUAUUAGUUUUCUGUCGUGGAUGUCUGGUGAUGAGAAUGUACGGGAGUAAGAAUUGCUUUGUACAUCACCAUGUUGAUGCCUUCUCUGGGGAAAUA